CCACUCCUCCUUGUGUGGUAAGAGUGUGGCAAAAUGCACCACCUCCAGCCUAAUAUCAUGAAUGCAUCAUUCUCAAUCAAUUUUGUUUCUCCUUAGAUUUUGCUUCUACUGGUUACAACUUUUAAGCAAGAAACAAAACCAAAAGAUCAAGUCCAAAACGAAAGCAUCAAAUUGUGGGAAACUCGUUUCACACUCGCUUCAAGUGUGAGCAAGAUUUUAAUGGUGAUUUAUAAGAUAAAUUUUCAAAUGGUCAUAUAAGACGCCACAUGCAUACUAUGGAAGAAUGAAACAAGCAAAUUGGUUAUGAGCAGUUUCAAAGUUACUAAGAAUCUUCCAACAAGCAGAGAACUUUUUGAGUGUCCUUCAACUAUAUCAGAGGACUCUUCAACUGUAUCAGAGGACUACAAGUGUCCUUUCCAUCUAUCCAAGAGGCAAUAAAAUACUAUUUUUUUAGUUUAAUGUUUGUUUAUACACAGAUCAUACCAGGCUCAUCAUCUCCAUAAUGCGAUCAGCUGCGUCUGUUAGACGAUCAAUGGCGACCAUAUCGAGUUCAAUGUCGAUCAAACACGGGAUUUCACUGUGGUGUCCUCAGUCUCAGUCGCUCAAUCGUCAGCACUCUGGUGUGGUUUAUUCGAGAACGAGAAGCCUCCACCGGAGAAACUUCGUCGUUUCUGCAUCAUCCUCUUUUGCUAAUGAGAAUCGAGAAUUUGUGAUAGUUGGAGGUGGAAAUGCUGCUGGAUAUGCAGCAAGGACUUUUGUGGAACAUGGAAUGGCCGAUGGAAAGCUCUGCAUCGUUUCCAAAGAGGCAUAUGCUCCAUAUGAGCGCCCUGCUCUAACAAAAGGUUAUCUAUUUCCUUUAGACAAAAAGCCAGCUCGUUUGCCUGGUUUUCAUACUUGUGUGGGUUCAGGAGGUGAGAGGCAAACUCCUGAUUGGUAUAAGGAGAAAGGGAUAGAGAUGAUUUAUGAAGAUCCAGUGACAACAAUUGAUGCAAAGAAUCAAACAUUGACAACAAAUUCAGGAAAAAUUCUCAAAUAUGGAGCCCUCAUAGUUGCCACAGGGUGCACUGCAUCUAGAUUUCCAGAGAAAAUUGGGGGAAACUUACAUGGUGUUCACUAUAUACGCGAUGUUGCUGAUGCAGAUUCAUUAAUAUCAUCACUGGGGAAAGCACAAAAAGUAGUUAUCGUUGGUGGUGGCUAUAUUGGCAUGGAAGUUGCAGCUGCUACUGUUGCCUGGAAUCUUGACACAACUGUUAUAUUUCCAGAAAACCAUCUUUUACCAAGGCUGUUUACUCCUUCACUAGCCCAGAAAUAUGAAGAACUCUACCAACAGAAUGGUGUCAAGUUCAUGAAGGGUGCAUCUAUAAAAAGCUUGGAAUCAGGUCCUGAUGGAAAUGUGACUGGUGUUAAACUUGAAAAUGGAUCCACCAUUGAAGCAGACUUAGUUGUUAUUGGUAUUGGAGCAAAACCUGCUGUGGGUCCCUUUGAAAAAGCUGUUACCUUAAAUUCAACUGUUGGUGGGAUAGAGGUUGAUGGCCUGUUCAGAAGCAAUGUACCAGGAAUAUUCGCUAUUGGUGAUGUGGCAGCAUUCCCACUCAAAAUGUAUGAUAGGAUUUCACGUGUAGAACAUGUGGAUCAUGCGCGUGGUUCAGCACAGCAUUGUGUAAAAGCUUUACUAACUGCACAAACUCACAAUUAUGAUUAUCUUCCUUAUUUCUAUUCGAGAGUUUUUGAAUAUGAAGGAAGUUCAAGAAAAGUAUGGUGGCAAUUUUUUGGAGAUAAUGUUGGAGAGGCAAUUCAAAUUGGGAAUUUUGAUCCAAAAAUUGCUACAUUUUGGUUGGAUUCUGGUAAAUUGAAGGGUGUUCUUCUUGAAAGUGGAUCUCCGGAGGAGUUCCAACUGCUUCCUAAACUUGCAAGGGAGCUUCUUUAUAGGGAAAAAGGCAGAGUGUAUUACGCCAUAGUAUUUAUCUUGAGAGAGGUCAGGAUGUGCAACAUGUAAUGCACAAGGUACAACAUGCAGAGCAUCUUCUUGGUUGCAUUGUAUUUAAAGCUUAUAUGUGAAUUUCCCUUUUUGCCCUAAACAUGGUGGCUGUAAUGAAUCAUUGCAACGGAAAUUAUACGUAAGUUGAGUAAAAUAAAAAGUAAUAAUUUUCUUAGCUUCAUGUGUAGAACGGAAAUUAUACAUAAGUUGAGGUGUAAUAAAAAGUAAUAAUUU